ACACAUCACUUGUGAAUAAAAACCAUAUAAUAUAUACACAAUCCCUUGAAAAAUCAAGUGAAAGUAAAAGAAACCAGAAGAAUGAUGAUAGGAAAGUGGUGGAGAUCUGUGGGAAGAAGCGUCGGAAAGUGUGAUGGUCGGUACGAUGGCGUGAGGACGAUGGUUGGAAAAGCCUCGAACCGAGCUGGUGUUCAUGGUUCAAAACUUCCCAACGCUAAAGCACUUGACAAUGAGGAAGAGAUUAGGGAGAGGAUUAAUAAAGGGAAAGAAGAGAAAGAACACAAAAGAAGAGAGGUUGAGAAAAAAGUCGAAGGCUCUCAUCAAAGACGAUCUAACGGCGACGAUACGUCAUCUUCCGACCGGUGAUGAUCAUGAUUCAUGAUUGAUGAUGGUUUUUGUUUCCUGCUUAAUCACUUUAGAAUAUACAUACAAUAUGCAUUGUAAUCUUUUUUGUUUCUUCGAAUCUUAUUUGUGUUGUGGCCUGCCUCGAAUAAAUAUAAUGCAAUUAUCAUUAUAUGAACUGAAAAGCCCAAAUAUUAGAGGCCCAUUAAGUGUGGCUUAUCCAUCUCCAACUCCCUCCUCUCUGUCUCGUCUCCCUACAAUCACACAGAGAAGAGAGUUCGAAUUUUCGCCUUCUCUUACUCCUGCGCUGAAUGAAUUUUCAAUGGCUUCUUUAGAUGUUAUUACAACUUCACAAGUUUAUCUUACUCCAUUGGUGGCUCAACGUAUCAGCCAUGCUAAAUUCUUACAAAUCCCAUUGAGACAAUUCACCUUCUCAAAGCAUUUAGAACUCAAUACGGGUCUCCCUAAAUCGACCAAACUCGACGAAGCUGUAACCUUGAUAGAGAACUCAUCAUGGUCACCCUCGAAUCUCUCCUCCACUCCAGAGGCCUACACAGACCUUCUUCAUGCUUGCAUCUCCGCUAAAUCGCUUCACCAUGGCCUCAAAAUCUGUUCUUUGGUUCUCAACGACCCUAGCCUUCGUCACAAUCCCAAACUACUUGGGAAGCUCAUCACACUAUUCUCUGUUUGUCGUCGAUUGGAUCUAGCUCGGAAAAUAUUCGACGAUGUAACUGAUUCGUCACUACUAACUGAGAAAGUGUGGGCGGCUAUGGCGAUUGGGUAUUCUAGAAACGGGUCACCACGAGAUGCUUUGCUUGUGUAUGUAGAUAUGUUGUCUAGUUUCAUUGAACCUGGGAAUUUUUCGAUUUCCGUUGCGUUGAAAGCUUGCGUCGAUUUAAAAGAUCUUCGGGUUGGUAGAGGAAUCCAUGGCCAGAUUGUGAAACGGAGGGAGAAGGUUGAUCAGGUGGUGUAUAAUGUGCUCUUGAAGUUGUAUAUGGAACGUGGCUCAUUCGAUGAUGCACGUAAGCUGUUCGAUGGAAUGUCUGACAGAAAUAUUGCUACUUGGAAUUCUUUAAUUUCGGUACUCAGCAAGAAAGCUCGGGUGCAUGAGAUGUUUCAUCUCUUCAGAAAGAUGCAGGAAGAGAAGAUUGGGUUUAGUUGGGCGACUUUGACGACAAUAUUGCCCGCUUGUUCACGUGUCGCUGCUCUUCUCACGGGGAAAGAGAUUCAUGCACAGAUUCUGAAAUCCAAAGAGAAACCUGAUGUUCCGUUGCUUAAUUCAUUGAUGGAUAUGUAUGGGAAGUGUGGCGAGGUUGAAUAUGCUCGGAGAGUCUUUGAUGGUAUGUUAACUAAGGAUUUGACUACAUGGAACACGAUACUCAACUGUUACGCAAUCAAUGGAUAUAUUGAAGAAGAGAUGAAUCUGUUUGAUUGGAUGAUAGAGUCAGGCGUUGCACCUGAUGGGGUUACUUUUGUUGCUUUGUUAUCUGGAUGUAGCGAUACAGGGUUUACGGAACAUGGUGUUAGUUUGUUUGAACGUAUGAAAAACGAAUUCAGAGUUUCACCGGCCUUGGAGCAUUAUGCUUGUUUGGUUGACAUCUUGGGCCGAGCUGGUAAUAUCGAAGAAGCAGUCAAGGUAAUAGAAACAAUGCCAUUUAAGCCAAGUGCAUCCAUUUGGGGAUCACUGCUCAACUCUUGCAGGCUCCACGGGAAUGUUUUAGUGGGAGAGGUUGCAGCAAAGGAGUUGUUUGUUCUUGAACCUCAUAAUCCAGGAAAUUAUGUUAUGAUUUCCAACAUUUAUGCUGAUGCGAAGAUGUGGGACAAUGUGAAUAAGAUCCGGGAGAUGAUGAGACAAAGAGGGAUCAAAAAGGAAGUUGGUUGCAGUUGGGUACAGGUUAAAGAUAAGAUUCAAAUCUUUGUUGCCGGAGGUGGAUACGAGUUUCGUAGUUCAGAUGAGUAUAAGAAAGUCUGGACAGAACUACAGGAAGCAAUUGAUAAAUCCGGCUAUUCUCCUGAUACGAGCGUAGUGCUUCAUGAUGUUGAUGAAGAAACUAAGGCAAAUUGGGUUUGUGGACACAGCGAGAGACUUGCGACAACUUACUCCCUAAUUCACACAGGUCAAGGGGUUCCGAUAAGGGUUACCAAGAAUCUCAGAGUAUGUGCAGACUGCCAUUCAUGGAUGAAGAUUGUAUCGGAAGUAACUGGGAGAGUCAUAGUCCUCAGAGACACAAAUCGGUUCCACCAUUUCGCUGCUGGUAUCUGCUCCUGUAAAGAUUACUGGUGACUGGUGAGGUAUUAUUGUAUUUUGCAACAAGUGAAUAGUAGAGGAGUCUAAAAGACUGAAGUUGUCGAACGGACAAGGUUUACGACUGGUCAUUUCAUUCUUUUUGUAAUGCUUUUGAUAGCGGAAGCAGAUAAGACCGCGACAGUGCUUGAAUGUGCUGUUAUGAGAAACCCACUUGCCAAGCAUCAUUGUUGGAGAGUAAGAAUUUUGAAACCCAAAGCAAUGCAGCUAAUUGAAACAAGGACACAUUAAACAUUAACAACUUUUCUCCUUCGACAUGAUUAAUGACCAGCGGUAUGGGUGAUAAGAGGAUGUUUCUGGUAAGCAAACUAGACAUGGAGGCAGACAGAGAUGUCAAAUAGAAACCUGGGAUGAUUCUUGUUUAUGACAGUUGGAACCAUCAUCAGACUCGCGGAGGAUUAUGUUCGAAAUGAAAUAAAAGUAAUGUAUCUUUGGUACCUGAAACUCUAACUAAGAAGCGGGUUGGGGGAAACAUGUUGAAACCACAGAAGCAGCUGAGCUUCUGGAUACACAAUGUGAUGCCUUGGGUGCAGUUUCCAGCUUGUAGUUGUGCAGCUGUAUGUCUAUGCAUAAUACGAAGCACGGUUCAUCUUUGUAAUUAUCACACUUUCACUGGUCAUGUUCAUAGUUCUCUAGUUAUAGGAAGACAUAUCUAUAUCUAUGGCAUAUCUGUUCUUACUUACAAAAACUCAAUUACAUGUCAAAGUGUUUUGUUAUUGAUAUGUAUAACUCAGUUAUAUGUCAAAGUGUAUCGUUAAAAAUCCUUAUUCUAAUUGGAUUAGAA